AUGGUCAGAAAACUGCAGACAAAUUACAGGAGAUGGUCAGAGACUGCAGAUAUACUACAGGAGAUGGUCAGAGACUGCAGACCUGGUACAGGAGAUGGUCAUAGACUGCAGAAAUGGUACAGGAGAUGGUCAGAGACUGCAGAAAUGGUACAGGAGAUGGUCAGAGACUGCAGACCUGAUACAGGAGAUGGUCAGAGACUGCAGACAUGAUACAGGAGAUGGCCAGAAACUGCAGACAUGAUACAGGAGAUGGCCAGAAACUGCAGACAUACUACAGGACAUGGUCAGAGAUGGCAGACAUGAUAC